AUGGUGUUGAUGAAAUUCUUAGUAAUGCUGAAGCCAAAUGAAAAAGUGCCAAGUCAGUUAUGCAUUGAAGUCAAGAAUCUCAAGCGGCUGAAGAUAUACUAUUCAAGACCAAGAAGAUGGUGCCAGAAAAGAUCUAUUGGAACCAGAACUAAGGCUUUGUGGUCACUCAGAGAUGAAGAAACUGGAGCUGUUGAUGCCAGAGCCAAACUCACACAAAACAGCCUCGCAAGGAAGGCAGAGGAGAUGAUGACCAUCAGAGGAAAUUCUAUGAUCAGGAUUUUAGGUUGCUUCCCUAACUAUUUCUUUUUCCUCGAACCAACACCUUUUCCUUUUGGUGGACUGCUGAGAUAUGUGCAAUGGCCCAUGAGGAUCAAUUGGUUUAAGUUGUGGAUCUGUGGUGGUGGUUGUUCCAUUGGAUGUGAAUUGCCAUUAUUGGUGAAAAUUUUGGCGAGGGUUUAA